ACUAAAUGAUUCCCUUUCCAGAAACAAAAACCGUUGCCGAUGUAUUGCAGGGAGCAGCCGCCAAUUCUCUCUUUAGCGGUUGGUUUCAUAUUUUUUUUGAAUCAUCCAAGUUCCAAGAAUCAAAACGACGUCGCUCCUCGAUCCUCGCUACCCAAUUGCGAGUACCCAGGGCUUAAGGUUUUCGUGGACGCAAGAUGUCAUCAGGCAGGCCGCCGCUCGCCGCCGGAGAAAGAGAGACGCGGAUGGUUCCGGUGCCGGAGAGGCGGAGCCUUGCCCUCCCCCCGCGGCCACCGGCGGCGGCCAUAUCGAACGCGCUCGUCGAGUACGUGCCAGCCGUACCUAAUCCCGAGGACGAGGACCUUGAGGUAAAGCUCCGGCGGAUUCUCGAAAACGUUCCGGUUCGGGUCAGCAACACCUCCGGCAGCUCGGCCGGUUCUGGCUCUGGCGACUUUCAUCAGUAUCGGCAAAUGAGACGGAAAGAACAAGAUCGGCUCUCAAGGAUGGAUGCCGACCACAAGAGAAGAAAAGAACUGGCAGAAUUCAACAUGAGAAGGGAGGAAAGAAUGAGAGCUGCUGAGGAACGGACAGCAAAGAAGCGCUUGAAACGCCAGAAGAAAAAGCAGAAGAAGAAAGAGAAGAAAAGCAACUUGAAUACCAGUGAAGAAGAUAAUAAGAAAAAUGAAUCUUCAGAUGACGAUGGGGACUCUGAUCAUGGUGAAUAGGAGGAAAGGCAGCAUUUUUACUCGAAAUUGAUUGUAAUGUUUUGUCCAUGUUUCAGCCGGUAAGGGUAUUUACCAGGUGAAGUGAGAAUGGGGUCAAGCGAAGCAACCGAUUCUUAUUAGGUUUAGUGAGCUGGUUUUUGUCAUGUGUGAAGUGAAAUAGGACUUCAGGGAUAUGGAAAAUGAAAUAGGAGUAGACUUUAUGGUGUACAAAUUUGCUUUCCCUCUGUUUUAUGGUGGUUCAUUUUCUGAUGGGUUCCAAAAGUGAGGGUGAUAAUUGAUGGGAUUCUCAUACUGAUAUGUUAGUGCAAUUCUGAGAGACAUUGAAUGGUUAUGGUUUUUCUAAAAGGGUUUCUCAAUUUGUGAGGUUGGGACAUCUUUUUUAGCUGAACGAGCUUAGUUUGGUUACUUAUGACCAAUGCUAAGUGCAAAGAUAUUUGUACUCAGAUGCGUCCGGAAUCAAGUGAAUUCUUAUUAUUUUU